CCGAUUGGCCACGCAACCUGUCGUGUUUUCACGUCCCACAGCAUCGCCUCAUCAGCCCCCUCGCCGAUCCGAGGGCCGGUCGGUGAUGGUGAGUGUACGGCAGAGCUCCUGGGCGGAUACUUAAGAAACAAGGUGGACACGCUGGAGAGCUCCCCGUCUGCUACUCUCUGGACAGGCUGUGUCUCCGCAUCUCACGGCGAGAUAAAAACGGGCCGGGGGGAAAUAUGAAUUGUUUCGGCACAUUAGACCGACGGCUAGAUUCGGCUGUGGACAGCCUGUUUGGAGAGAGAGAUCCCAGAGUAAGAGGAUGGCUCCUGCUCGACUCCUAUCUCCCCACAGUCCUCCUCACACUUCUCUACCUGCUAAUAGUGUCUGUGGGUCCAAUCUACAUGAGGAACAGACCAGCCUACUCCUUGAAAAGUGUCUUAGUAGUCUACAACUUCUCAGUCACAAUGCUGUCUUUCUACAUGUUAUUUGAGCUCAUCUCGGCGUCCUGGGCAGGCGGCUACCGGCUCCAGUGCCAGGGUCUAAGCGAGGCGGGAGAUGCAGACAUUAGGGUAGCCAAGGUGCUGUGGUGGUACUACUUCUCGAAGCUCAUCGAGUUCCUGGACACCAUCUUUUUUGUGCUUAGAAAAAAGAACAGUCAGAUCACCUUCCUUCAUGUGUAUCACCACGCGUCCAUGUUCAACAUCUGGUGGUGUGUGCUCAACUGGAUCCCCUGCGGCCAGAGUUUCUUUGGGCCGACCUUGAACAGUUUCAUCCACGUGCUGAUGUACUCGUACUACGGCUUGUCUACCAUCCCCUCCCUGCAGAAAUACCUGUGGUGGAAACGCUACCUCACGCAGGCUCAGCUGGUUCAGUUCUUCCUGACCAUCACCCACACACUCAGCGCUGUUGUGGUCCCAUGUGGUUUCCCCACUGGCUGCCUACUUUUCCAGACCAGCUACAUGUUCACACUUGUGAUUCUCUUCAUCAACUUCUACAUCCAGACAUACAGGAAAAAGGCACCCAGGGAUGCUGGAAAACUGACCGGUGCGGACGUCGGCUCUCACCACCUAAAUGGCCAUUUUGCCUCCGUCAAUGGGACCGCGACCAAGCAAAAAGCCCAGUGACUUUCCACGUGGUCAGAGGAUUGUAUCAACCUAAAUAUGCUGAGAAAGUAAUACUAUAGCAGGGAUUAUCAUGCUGUUUAGGUUUAGGACCCUUUGUACUUUUUUUUGUAUUGAUAGUUUCUUUUAAUUCUUUCAAGGUUUCAUUAUACAAAAGUGACUCAUAUUGUAUGCAUGGGAAAGGUGCUUUUCCCUUACUUCAAGGCAGAGGCUGGAAAUA